AUGCAGCCAACGAGCAUUGCGUCCGUGUGCUUACUGUUGCUGGCCAGUCGGGCGGUGGGACACGCGAUCGGUGAAAAUCACGCUGCAGACUACGAAGACGCCGGAACCGCUGCAGACCGUAAGAGAGACGCCUCGCAGCAGCCGAGGGUUUUGGACAUGGAGUCGAUAUUUGCGGGUUUCGCCAAGUCUAUGAUCAGCAGAACGGGAGCCACCAGUAGCCAAAACCAGCACUGUAUAAAUCCGGGUGUAAAAAAGAGGUCCACCGGCCAGGGUUUCUGCAAAAUGUCUUCCCUGACCACCUUGUCCAGUCCCUGUCAGUUUUUCAAGAUGGCCCUCGGAUUAUGCGAUCUACCCGACAUUUUGGCUAGUAUUUCAUUUAUGUAUUCAACAAAACUUUAA